CGCAUUUGGCAAAUUGCGGCGCCAUUUUGUGCUAGUGCUAGCGAGGUUACGCUGUGCAGUGCGGUUUUGUACAAUCAAAGUGAAACUAUACAAAUAAAUACGCAAUGGUGCCGCAAACAAAAGUAUUCGUCGGCAGCCUGCCUCAGGGCUCCAAGCCGGAGGAAUUGAGGAAACUAUUCGAACGCUUCGGCGUCGUCACCGAAUGCGAUAUUAUGAACCGUUGUGGGUUCGUCCACAUGCAAUCGGAGGAGCAGGCGUCGGCCGCGAUUAGAGCGUUGAACAACACCACGUUCAAUGGCGGUGUAAUUUCUGUGGAGCGCGGAAGGAUCAAGGAGCGCGGUCAGAGAGGCAGCGGUGGGCCUCGAGGUGGUAUGCGUGGUGGAAUGAGAGGAGGCAUGGAUCGACGCGGCGGCGGGCCCAUGCGAGGCGGGCCGGGCGGAGCACGAGACGCGCCUUACAUGCGAGACCGGCCCAUGGGGAUGCGCGGUGGCGACAUGCGCGGCCCGCCGAUGGGCGGCGGUGGUAGCAUGGGUAUGAGAAACGGCAUGGGCGGCGGCGGAUACGACCGCGGCAUCGAUCAGAGGCCUAUGGCCGGCGGGUACGACGACCGCUACAACGGCUACGGCGGCGAGGACAGACGCGGUUUUGCGCUUAUGGAUGGCCGGAGUCGCGACCCAUAUGCCGCUCAGGCGCCCAUGUACGCCGACGACCGCAGAGGAUACGGAGCUGCUCCCGUUGACGACAUGUCUGCGAUGUACCCUGAUGAUAGAAGACAACCUAUGUACCCUGACGACUCUUAUGACAGACGAGCUCCGAUGCGAGGAGGACCUAUGGCCAUGUCUUCAGGAUAUGAUAGAGGAGUGCCACCACGAUCAGCUGGUAUGGGCAAUGGAGACAUGUUCAGCAGAAGAACACCACCACCCAUGCGCGGCGCAGGUGGCGGCGGCGGUUAUGAUAGAGACCCUUAUGCUCAGCAGUAUCCACCCAUGGCACGCGGGGGCGGCGGCGGGGCGCGCGGCGGGCGCGGGAUGGGAGCCAUGGGCCCGCGCCGCUACUAGCCACGGCUGGUCGGCUGCAGCACUAGCUCUAAGCCCGUAGAUUAUCCACGCGACACGAACAAAUGUACCUAGCGUUGUCUUCCCGAACGGAACCGCACUCGGCCGAUUUAGAGAUGCGUAGGUAGCGUUAGCCGGUCCGCCCGGGCGACUCGCGAUAGGUUGAGAUUGUACGGUAAGGCGGCUCUAGCUUGUAAGUCCAUUCGAUAUACAUUUUGUGAAUCAUUUGUAAAUGAAAAUAAAUGAAAUAAUUAUAACGGAACGGUUUCAUUUCAACAGCUCAUCGGAGUGGUCGCCACAUAUCAGAUUGUCUCACUGUUAGAUGAUACGAAAUGCAAUUUCACAUAAGCUUAACAUGUUAAGUAAGAUAUUUUAGGAAGUUUUAUUUAUACUGUAUAUUUUCUUUAAGAUUAAAAUUCUUAUGGAUAGAAUAUUUUUAAUUUAAUUAUCCCUUUUUCGGUACUAAAAUA